CACUCCGCAGGAAGGUCGUUUUCUUUCCUCCACGCCGCGCCGGUCGGCUUUACUAUACGCGUCGUUCGUCGGUUUUACUCGUCCGCUCGCGGCGCGGCUCCGUUUCAGUCGUAGCGCAGCGCUCGUGGCGUGUGGAACGCGGUGCACUCGCGUCACGAGUGAUAUAUCAAACGCUUCCCGAAUCGCGUACACCAGUCGCACGGUUUCUCUCGCCUUCCCUCCAAACAUUUCUCAAGAUUUACGCCUGAAGUCCUGAAGAGAUCGAACACUAGAGGGAUUUUCUUUCGGUUCGGUGGAUCGUUUGGUGAACAGUGAUCGACGGGAACUGAGUCUGCAGGACUUAGACAGUGACUCUACGGUGUUCUUUCUUAGAUUUCUCAUAUUCCUCGGGAUUUUCACGAAAGUGUUCCACGGCGGUACCGGUCGCAUUCAAUGCCGCUUGUUCGCCAAGUGUUAACAUGAUUCCCGCGCAUUGACGUUUGCGACCGACCGCGGCUGCGGCCUGCUCAGCUGUGAAUUCGUAAAAGUGAGACCAGAGGAAUGCUGAAGCACGUGUCGGUCUCGCCCUGGAGAGGGCGAGCAGACAGCGUGAGCCUCGCCUCGAGCGGGGGUGCGAGCAGUUGCGGAAGCGGAAGUCCGACUCCAGGUCAUACUCCGCCGCCCUCGAGGGCGUCCUCGUGCGCGUCUCUCGCGCCCCUGACCGCUCUUUCCAGCUUCUCGCCGGCGGACGCCACCCAACAACAGACGACGAUCAAGGUGUACGCGAACUGUCUGCGACCAGACAUCGAGUACAAAACCCUCGGCAUCACCUACGAGACGACCUGUCGCGAGGUUGUUCAGAACCUGCUGAACAAGUACCGAAUGAGGCACCGCGAUCCGAGGCUGUUCUACCUCACCAUGGAGGUCACCGUGAGAAGACCGAACGUGAGGACAGUUCUGCCACUCGACGAGGACGCCAGGCCCGCUGUUCUGCAAUCGUGCCAUCCUAGAGGCGAUUCCAGAUUCUCGUUGCAGACGCGUCGCGGCGGACUUGUCAAAAUAUACGACAGCGCGCUCAUGUCCGGGUCCAAAUACAAGAGUCUGCUGAUCUCCGAGCAGACCACCGUGGACGAGCUGAUCCAGAUGCUGCUGAGCUGCUACAGCUCGAAAGAGCGUGUCGAGCAGUUCUCCCUGUACGAGGUUUGCGAAGGUGAAGAGUACCAAAGGAAACUGCACCCCGACGACUCACCCUUGAAGGUGACGCAGAGAUGGACGAGCGUCGACCGUCAUCUCCGCAUCAGACGCAAUCCCGACUACAAUCCUCACCGAAGAAAAAGCAUGUGGGCGUCCGACUCGAGCAUCAGCGUGGCCAUGUCAAGACUGAACCUGCACGGCAGCCACCAAACUCACUACCACCAGCCGCACGACAACAAUAACCAUCUGUCCUCUUAUCACAAGGAGCCGGCCACUAUCAACAACAACAACAACAACAUCCACAAAGCGGACAAUCAUCACCUGUCCCUCGGCUCUCUGAACCAGCAAGCUAGAAUCGUCGUUCCGCACGCGUCGCAGAUGCCUCAAGUGCAAGUGUCCAGGGUCCAACAACUCGCGCAGAGCAUGCCCUCGACGCCGUUGACGUCGAAACACGUCACCGCGUCCUCGUACGCGGACUACGAGAAUUAUCUGUUCAUUUAAACGCUUGGGUAGAGGAACUCGGAGUUAACUGUCUAUUGCUACCUGUAGUUGCAGGCUUCAGCACUGGUUGCGAACGUUCUUGAAACGUGCUCUUAAGAGUCUGUUUCGGUUACGUCAACGAUAUCACGGUUCUUCUGGAACAUCGUUUGCAAUGUUCCGAAUAAAUUUUCACGAAGAGAAUGAUAGAGAAUCCACGACGAAACUAGCAAGAGUAACCGGAACAGUUCUCCUCGUGUUCGAAGCGAAUGUUCUUCAGCAUCGUUUCUCUGCCGGAACGUUCAUGAAACAGUUUUAAACAAUUACUCGUAGUGUCCGGAGAGGUGUUGAAGCCGUCGAGUUAGGUGUUACCUUCAUCGUUGCGUCGACGCGUUGAACAGUAUUCGAUGGUUCAGUGCUAGGCAUGUUCGAAGGAGUCGGGCAACUAUGGUUCGAGAUUAUUUAUUAAAGCUGCAGCUUGGCAGAAGGGCUCGCGCGAGCCGGCCGAACCGCGUCGGUUUAACAGAACAAAGAGAAUUUACGAUCAUAGUCAAUAGCGAGGAAAAUUGUACCAAAGGUAGAACGUACGGAACUUUAGGUUUAGAGUGCAUUCAGACGUAUAUGUGUAAAUGUUAGAGAGCUGUUCUAAGAGAGUUGAAAUAUAAUCGGGGAUCGUUCGGAUCCUCGACGUUGGUCCUUCGAGAUCCGCUUGGACGAUGCUGCGAAAGUAAUGGAUUCCAAAUUGAGAAUCGAAAGCGACCUUCAUUUCACAAUUCUAUAUGUCGGUGCAAUGAAAACGUUAACUACGGGAUAACGAUCGAUGAACGAUCGAUCACUGAUUCGAAGCACUUCAAUGCAGUCCCGGAGGAUCGGACUGCGUAUUUAAGCAAACUGCAUUUACUCGAGACGCCGGAAGAUACGUUUAUUAUUUAUUUUUAACAACUGUAAAGCGUUUGAGAGGUCCAAGAGCUUCGAAGUUUAAGUUAUUAACGCGAAUCCUGUGUGUAAAAAUUUCGUCGUGCAAUCCGAUCGGACAGGAUUCGAGCUCGUGUACAUAGAGAUGGAGCAUAAGUGACGAGUAUUCGAGUGACUUUGGCAAUCGACGUCUUCUUAAUCACGGAAUACGAACGUUAAUUGUGUUUGUUGGGCGUCGUUCCAUUCACCCUUUCGAUAACGAACCUGUUUCUUCCUGUCUUCGUUUGUGUUUCAAGAUGGAGCCUGUUAUAUUUUUUUAUGAUACACUGUAUAUAGUCCCUGGAACGUUCUCCGCUUCGUUCGAUCGCGUUUUGUUACGGUAAAAGUUGGAUCCAUUGCCAAAGAAUCGGUACGAUACGUAUGUGAGACCUGUAAGGUUCAACGUUGCGACAAAACGCGAGAUUUCUCGAUUAUUCUUGAUGCAAUCCGUCGCUCGAUCGCCUCGAGAUCGAGAUCGACAUAACCAGCAACUGUAACAAGUACAAUGAAUCUUGUAUUAUUGUAAUACGACACAGUAGAGUGUAAAUAUCCUUUUGUAUCGUCGUUUAUAAUUCACAGAAGAAAAUAUCGUUUCACGUGGCUAAAACCCCGUCUACUUUCUUUCAACCUCAUCGUUUAUGAUACUUACCGAUUAGGUUUACAAGUGUACCGAUUAAUGGAAAAAUAAAUAGAAGGUGUGCGUCUUCGAUAAGAUAACGAUGCUGUUUGUAUUCGAUCUUUCUGUCCGGACCGAAUUGGAAUGAAAAUUUCACGAUCACGGUUUCGUUCAAUUAAGAAUAUGCUCUGUCGUAAUUAGUGGAACUCAACGAUUGAGAACCAAGAACAUUUAUCAUUCUAAAAGUGUUGCAAGCAUCUACGUCGAAUCGUCGUUUUAUUAAUAUCUAGACCGCAGAUUUCAUGCAAUUGUGCUGAAAGUGGAUAAGAGAAAUGUAUUAUUUUCAAUUGAUUAAAACUAUUAGAUGAAAGAAUA